UCUUUUCAAAUAUUGACAAAAGCCAUAGGUAUAAUGAUUAGGACAAUACCGAUUUACACACGGCCGUAGAAUAAUUAGAUCCUUCUUCUAAACGGAUAAGAUUUACUCUAAUAUUAGCUUUUUGGGUUAUGUUUUACGGGACUGUGGAUUUUUAUUGUUGUUAUUGUUAUAUAUUAACCUGAUCAACACUGUUGAUACAUUGAGCAAAAGAUGUGGAAGACAACCGACUCUUCAUACAACUUCCGUUUCUGGAAUAUAGGGACGUUUACAUUGUCUUUAUCGUCUGUAAGAAGUUGAAUAGUUCAACCACAGUUUCAGUGCUUUAUGUUGUCGGAAUAUGUGUGCACUGUGCAGUAUGAAGUACAAGAAUUUCUUAGCAAUUCUACUGGUUAUAUGUAUUUGUUUUACGUAUUUUGCUGAACGAUCGCUGCAUUUUGAUAUAUUAGUAUCGGGACAAAAACAUAUUGCAACAAGAAACAGAGAGACUUUCAAAUACAAAAAUGUUUCAACUAUUUCUCCAAAUCUGAAAAAGAUGUCACCCAACUCUACACAAGGAGUUACAAUUAAAAUGCCAUAUCUAUUAGAGAAUCCAUGGUUAUGUUCAUCUGUUGCUAAUCUCACCGUGUUGAUAAUUGUUCACACUGCAACCUCUCAUUACAAACAUCGGUUAGCAAUAAGAGAAACCUGGGCAAAUAACUCUUAUUAUCCAAAACUUGGAUCUGUUAGGGUAUUGUUUCUUUUAGGGAAAGUGAAAAACGCGAGUUUGCAAGAUGACAUUGAGAAAGAGUUCAAACAACAUGCUGACAUCUUACAAGGUGAUUUCAUAGAUAGUUAUCACAACAUUACAUACAAAGGUGUCAUGGCUUACAAGUGGUUAAAUGAAAAAUGCAGAAACGCCAAAACUGUUCUAAAGGUUGACGAUGAUGUCAUUGUCAAUAUGUUUCACUUCCUUUCGAAAUACGUGUCACUUUUACAACAUAAAACAAGAUAUAUUUUCUGUCGCCGUUUCCAUAAUACUAAAAUUAUGCGAAAUGGCGCUUCCAAAUGGCAUGUUGAAAAUUCAGUUUUUAAGAAUCAAAAGUUCUAUCCGGACUAUUGCCAAGGGUUUGUAGUGGUUAUUUCAAACGAUAUAGUUCCUGCUCUUUACGAUUCAGCGUUACAACAGCCAUUUUUCUGGGUUGAUGACAUCUAUCUGUAUGGACUGGUUCCCAAAAAUAUUUCUGGAAUACAAUAUAUAAAUAUGAAGUACGGGAAAGACGUAAUAUGGGGUGCUGACAAGGCGCGUAAGUGUUAUGGAUCAGGAACAUGUCCGUACUUGGCGGUGUUACUAUGGUCCGACAUUCCUGUUGCAAUGGACGAAAUAUGGCAGUUAAUGGUGCACAAUUAUAACAAAACUUUUAUUCAUGGGCAAAAGUAAAAACAUAUUGUCCAAACGCAUGUUAAACCAAAGAGGAAAUCUUGAACAUAAUACACGGUAUAUAGAUUCUAUAGGUGUUUGUUGAAUUGUGUCACCUCUAGGUCUAUAUAAUAUUAUGCUUUUCAAAAAUUCAGACAGUGUUUUCCUAAAUGUUAGCAUGAUAGCAUUUCAGAUUAAAAGUAAACUGAAGCUAAUCAGUUCAUGCUACGAAAAACAUACCGCGUGUUACAUAACUCCAGUGUUCUGGAAUAUUCAACAAUUGUAAACAUGUUAUAAUUGCAUGAGAAUCAAAAAUAUGUUAUAGCAGUUCUUUAUCCAGUACUUUUUAUUAAUACAUUUAUACAUUUG